CACUUGCGGUCCCACCCGGAGCAUUUGAUAUCCGCCCAAAUAGCUGGCUUCUCUAGCACGCACGCACGGAAGCUGUGGGGGAAGACAUGGGACUAAACGCAUCGAAGAGGGUGGAGCGAGCGCUGACCUCGUCGCCGGAGUUCGACGCCACCUGCGAGGCGGUCUACAAUUGGUGCCGCGCCGAGGCGCAGCACGCCUUCCCGGGCGUCCGCCGCUAUCAGCUCCUCGACGCCGCCGCCCGCCUCCACGCCGAGCUCGGGGCCCUCCCCCUCGUGCGCCGCUGGGUCCCUGCGCCCCCCGGCCGCGCCCAGGUCGACGCGGCGUUCCGCAGGACCAUCCAGGGCGGCACGGAGGACCUCAACCCGACCGAUUUCCGGGCGUUUGCCGGGGACCUCUUCCGGGACGCGGUAAUGGCUGGCGCCGGAGGGGCGGUGGUCCGCCUCAUACCGAUCGGGGCCGCUGGAAUCGCCGGCGUCGGGGUGGCGACCCGUGCCGGCGCGGAGGUGGUCGCCAGAGUGAUGGGGGUGUACGCAGCCGGCGUGGCCGCUGCCGUCUACCUGAGCUUGUCCUGAGGUGAGGGUUAGGGUUGUAAAUUUGGGGAUACUCGGUGGCCAUGGUUGAAGUCAGUGGCUGACCUCACAAGAUAUGGACAUGGGAAGAAACUGUAUCCAACGGGUGCCUGUAAUAUUAUCCAAUAUAAUGUCCCCCUUUUUUUCUUU